UAGACAAUAACCCCCUGCACAUUUCGUCUGAAUUCCCAAAAUGACGGACAAGAAUACCUCUACUCUCCAGUCAUAUGUUGAUUCGGCCACCGGGGCCGCUCAAAGCCUCCUCGGAUCUCUGACUGGCAGUCAAGCCGAUAAGGUCGAAGGCGAUCAGAAGCAAGAUGUUGCAAAGGCCAAGGAUGACGUGUCACACGCCGGCGCCAGUGUCGGAGGUUACUCCGUAUCUGCUUCUGGCGUUGCCGAGAAUCACCCUGACCGCCAAGCAGGCUCUUGGAAUCAAACCAUAGGAGCUGGCAAGGAGUUUGUGGGUGGUACUCUAGGUCUGCAGGGCCUCAAGACCGAGGGUCAACAGCAGAAUGAGCAAGGCAAGGCUCAAGAGGCUGCCGGCCAACUCAAGGACUACGGUACUGGUAUCCAGGAGCGUGUGGCUGGUACCGUAGGUGGUGCUAUCGCCGGUUUGACUGGUGAUGCCGCCGAACAGGAGCGUCGUCAAGCACAGCACGACCACGGCAAGACGCUUCAACGUGGAGCCGAAGCAGAUAUCACAACGCAAGCGGACGCCGAUGCACGCCAGGCUGCCCAAGGCAAAUAGACUGCAUGUCGGAUCCACUUCUAAUAUCCGGUUUACAUGGAUGGUACGGGUGACCGGGCUUAGAAGCCAGAUCGAGGUCGAAGGAGAGUGUUGAGUUUAUUUUUGUUGUGAUGAUGCCAGGAAAGAUAUCGUGAUUGCGCCUGCGCAAGAACACGAACGCAGAACCAUUUCACCUCAUGGCACGAUGUGCUCUUCAUAAGUGCCUGAUUCUAUAGCCAUAGUAUAUUUAUCCAUGGCGAGCCUGAGCAUCGAUGUCUGAGACACGGUGCCCUCCACAAGAUAACCCCAAACAGAACCCUAAGAGGCAGC